GCACUCAGCCUGGGACCUGCUGCAGCAUCACUCAGCCCGGGACCUGCUGCUGCAUCACCACUCAGCCGGGGCAGCAUCACUCAGCCGGGACACCAGCUCCAGGCCCACAGCAGCCACCUGUCAGCCACCCUCAUGCCAGCUGUCCUGGAGGAGCUCAUCCCCCCAUGCACUGCUCCCUAGCCCGGCAGCCUCCUCAUUAUUAUCAUCAUCUCCUGUCUGAUCCCUAUUUCUCCAGCCGCGUCCCCAUAACAUGAUGCAAAGCUCAGCACUCGCCACAGACGCUUCUGUCAAGGGGCUUCCAGAAAUCCUUGGGCUGCCAAUGCAACAGAUCCCGCGCUGCUCCGGAUGUAACGAACACAUACUGGAUAAAUUUAUCCUGAAGGUUCUAGAUCGUCACUGGCAUAGUGCGUGCCUGAAGUGCUGCGAGUGCCAGGUGCCCCUGGCUGAGCGCUGCUUCUCCCGGGCUGGAAAUGUUUACUGCAAAGACGACUUCUUCAAACGAUUUGGCACCAAGUGUACAGCUUGUCAGCAGGGAAUCCCCCCAACUCAGGUGGUACGAAAAGCCCAGGACUUUGUAUAUCAUCUGCACUGCUUCUCUUGCAUCAUCUGUAGUAGGCAGCUGGCCACCGGGGAUGAAUUCUACCUCAUGGAGGAUGGCCGGUUAGUCUGCAAAGAAGACUAUGAGACCGCAAAGCAGAAUGAUGACUCAGAGGGAGGAGCUAAAAGGCCUCGAACAACGAUAACAGCUAAACAACUGGAGACAUUAAAAAAUGCUUACAAGAACUCACCGAAACCGGCCCGUCAUGUGAGGGAACAGCUGUCCUCGGAGACUGGCCUAGACAUGCGUGUUGUACAGGUCUGGUUCCAGAACAGACGCGCUAAAGAGAAACGGCUGAAAAAGGAUGCUGGCCGGCAACGUUGGGGUCACUUCUACAAGAGCGUGAGGAAAACACGGGUAGGAAAGCCUGGGAAAGAAAGUUCUACGGAGGACUGUGGAGUAAGCGAUAGUGAAUUAAGCUACAGAGAUGAACAGAUUUUGUCUGAGCUGGGAUCCACAGCAGGAAUUUACAAUGCAGGAGGGGACCUUGUGAGUGUGCCUCUGGUCAAUGGAGGUUUCACAAUAGACGCAACGGGACAAUCCUAUCAGGAUCUUCAUGAUGGCAGCCCCUAUGAUAUACCACAGUCACCAUCUUCUAUCUCAUCCCUCCCAUCCCAUGGCUUGCCAUACAAUAUGGACAAUGCAGGAGGGCUUCUGACCCACCCUCCUCUACGAGCGCUACCAGCCGCUCCCACCUCUGACAUCUCAACAGAAAGCAGCAUGGGCUACCCAGAUUUCCCCACUAGCCCGGGUUCCUGGUUAGAUGAGAUGGACCAUCCUCCAUUUUAAAAGGAAAACAAAAAAAAGGAUUGAGCUUAGACCUUCUAGACGAUCACAGAGUUUGCCAAACUCCGCAGAAACCACACUCAGCCUUUGGAAUUCUCUUUAAUUCACAUGCUCCCUCAAUUCAGGAGAGUCCUGCAAAACUGACGCAAAUUGCACCAACCACACCGUGAUAAAACUGGAGUUGGUGAUGUAAGGUGGAGGAGCCCUCACAGACAAUGGUUGGAAAAUCAAUGUAUUGAUAUAAAAACAGAAUGUUUGCACUUUUGUGGGUCGUGAAUCUCCCUACCUAAUCCAGGGGGAUCAACAGACAUGUCUUCCCACACUCCUCUUAUGUCCAUGCUCGAGUAUUUGUGUCAUCUUGCCAUGUGAGGAUGGAUCCCCCCGACGAUACUACUGGUCUACGUAUAAUGCAUAGACCAUUAGCCUGACAUGCAACCGACAAUCUAUACCCAUUUAUGAUGCAGCAUUUGUUGUGGGGCAGAUUCUUAGGUUUCUGAAUAAAUG